AUGUCAAGGAGAGCUUGUACGAGGGUGAGUUUCAGUCCUGAUGUGAAUGAAAAGCCAAUUCUGUACCUGAAACAGGCUGGUGGCGGCAGCGGCACCAGAGUAGGUGGAAGUAGGAGCAGGGUGACCGGAAUUUGGACUUCAAGGUUGCACAAAAAUACACAAGUUUUUUCCACGCCCAUCAAACUGCUACGAACCCUCAGAGCGAAGGUGGCUACAGCAGUGUGUAUUCUGUCAGCAAGAAAGCGGACGUCUCGGAAGGUGUCAUCGUCCAACCACCUGAUAAGGUCAAGGUCUGUAUCCGACCCUAUCGAAUCUCAUCGAGUUGAAGCUUUGGAGGAUUGCAUCGAGUUCUUGAAUUCUGCUGCUUCUUUGCAAAGGACAAACUCAGUUGCUUGA